CUUCAUUUCUUUCUUUCUCUCUCUUCCAAAACCAUUCUGAGGAGCCAAUUACACGCCGUGAUCGCUCAGCCACUGACCCGCCGUCGCCGCCACCAAACACGACCGCCGCCCGAAGAGGACAACAACACCAUCAAGCGACCAACACGAUCACGCAUUGAGAAGAACAAUUUGUGGUUUGCAAAGUGGACUCACUCUCAGUAUUGAUUAGUAAGUAUCUCUGUGUGUGUGAGAGAGAGAGCAAGUGGAGAUUCUAGGGUUGGAUUUCAAUGGAGAUUGGCGAUAAUCCAAAAAAUAAAUACAGCAUAAUUGUCCCAACCUACAACGAGCGCCUCAACAUUGCCCUCAUUGUCUACCUCAUCUUCAAGCAUCUUAGGGAUGUGGACUUUGAAGUGAUUGUCGUCGACGAUGGUAGUCCUGAUGGUACUCAAGAAAUCGUUAAGCAAUUGCAGAAGGUUUAUGGCGAGGAACGAAUUUUGUUAAGACCGAGACCAAAGAAGCUUGGGUUGGGGACGGCUUAUAUUCACGGUCUGAAACACGCUACCGGUAAUUUUGUUGUGAUUAUGGAUGCUGAUUUAUCUCACCAUCCAAAGUAUUUGCCUAGCUUCAUCAAGAAACAAUCGGAGACUGGUGCUAGUAUAGUUACCGGAACCCGUUACGUUAAGGGUGGUGGCGUCCACGGAUGGACCCUAAUGCGCAAACUAACGAGUCGGGGAGCAAAUGUCCUUGCACAAACACUUCUAUGGCCAGGUGUAUCCGAUCUAACGGGAUCUUUUCGGCUUUAUCGAAAAUCGGUGCUUGAAGAUGUUAUUAGCUCGUGUGUUAGCAAGGGAUAUGUGUUUCAAAUGGAGAUGAUAGUUCGUGCUUCUAGAAAAGGCUAUCAUAUUGAAGAGGUGCCAAUUACAUUCGUUGAUAGAGUGUAUGGAACUUCAAAGCUUGGAGGAUCUGAAAUCGUUGAAUACCUCAAAGGACUUGUCUAUCUUCUUUUCACUACAUAGAAAAUCCCUUCAUUUUAACCUUUUUUUUUGGAUCUUUCACUAACCAGUUGUGUUUGAAUUUAUAUUUUGGUAAAAGGCUUUUUCGAGUUGUAUGAAAGAUUUAACUUUUUUUAGACUAUCAAAAUGUUAGUAUUGAUACGAAUAUUAAAUGAAUAUUUAAGAUAAACAUGAAGAAAAAAUUAAAAUAGGAAAUAUGAGUUUCAUAA